AUGGCAGCGAUUAUUCAUCUAACAAGUGCAGUGUGUCUAUCUGCUCUGUCGGUCACCACGGUUACGAGCAAUCUCCUUCUUCUUGUAGCUAUUUGGAAAGAUCCGCUGAAAUGUUUUACAGCGCCGACAACGAGUUUCAUCGUAGUCAUCAGUCUUGCAGACCUUCUGACCGCGCUCACGACCGAACCCUUUUUCGCCGUUUACUACUUUGUGGUUUAUUUCCAAGGCAUCGAGGCAGUCACAAGUGUUUUAGACAAGCUGUUCGCUGCAGGAAGUAUUAUUUCCACAGUGGCUAUCAGUUAUUCUUUCCUGAUAGUCUUAGCCUUAUCGUGGUCUCAAUAUGUGGCAAUGAAAUGCCCUUAUAGCUUCAAAAGGAUUGUGACAAAGCGAAACUCUCUAAUUGUCAUUCUUCUAAGUCUGAUAUAUUUAAUGUGCUUCACAUCACUGCAAUUCACAGGAAUGGAUAAAGUCCUGUUUUUUAAACUUAGCCUGGCUAUAAACACUACAUUUCUCUCUGUUAAUUUAAUGGUGAUUUUGUUGCUAUUGAACUUAGAAUUUCGACGCCAUCUUCGUCGAGGGCGCUCAUUCGAAGUUCCGGCUGGCAGCCCUUCCUCGGCCCCGAACUCAGGAUCGAAACGAAAAUCUCGCCGCGAAAACCUCCAGCAACAAUUUACUGCAGUUGCGAUGUACCUAGCAGCUAUCCUACUCUUGUCAGCCGUACCUCACGUCAUAACAGCGCAAGUAUUUCUUUACUCUUCCAACCUAUCUCCGCCAGCAAUUCAAAACUUUCAGAUCGCGCUCCAAAUCUCUGAUUUACUUUUAUUUCUCAAAGUCUGCCUGGACACUUUUGUAUAUGCGUGGCGACUCCCUACUUAUCGCCGAACCAUCAAAAUGCUUUUUUUCCGGAGAGAUAUCUGUGGAAUUUUAUGUCUGGAUGAUAAUCAAACUGGUAAUUCAACAUCUUCAGAGCUAUCACAUAUAUAA